AUGGCCUUCAACUUCAACUGGUCGCCGCUCAUCGCCGACACGUCGCGCGCGCGAGACAUGCUCACGACGGCGUUGAACAAGUCGCCCAAACCGCCCAUCAUCGUCGACGACAUCAUCGUAACCGAGCUGAACCUGGGCACGACCCCGCCCGAGCUGGAGAUACUGGAGAUUGGCGAUCUGGCUGAAGAUCGCUUCAGGGGAAUCUUCAAGAUGUCGUAUGCGGGCGACGCCUUCUUGACACUCAAGACCAAAGUGCAGGCGAACCCACUGAAGACGUAUCUAUCGACCAAGCCAGAAUUCGCAUCGCCACAACCGCUGGCAGCAGCAUCUGGGUUGACAAUACCACUGCAGAUAACGCUGUCGAAUAUUCGUCUGUCGGGCUUCGUCAUCCUGGUGUUUUCAAAGCAAAAAGGCCUGACGUUGGUAUUCCGAAACGAUCCGCUGGAUUCGCUCAAGGUGUCAUCGACAUUUGACUCUAUCCCGUUCGUGCGAGAUUAUCUACAGAAGGAGAUCGAGGGACAGCUGCGGAUAUUGUUCAUGGAAGAUUUGCCUGCCAUCAUCCAUCGCCUAUCGUUACGCCUCUUAUCGCCAGAAUUUCAAGAGCUGGAAACAGACACGGUGGAGAGAUUGGAGGGUAUCGAAGACAGUACUGAGCCUAUUGAUCCGCUAGCCGCCCCUCCACAUGACGCUGUCGAUGAGUUUGGCAACCCCCUGAACGAGUCUCAGAUUUCUGCAUUGUCGCUCGACGCCACCGGCGAGGUGCACGCGUCCUUCUCGCAGAAGAAUAUUCUGCGUCUGGCAGCACUGACGGAGUCACAACGCACCCUGUCGCUCUUUACGCCUGGCAUCCGCGACGCUGUUUUUCGUGCCUGGGCUGGUCAUCCAGACCGAGCCGACUCCGGCACCCUCACGCCCGCUCUCACACAGGGUAGUCUGUCAAGGAUACAAUCCACCUUUGGCAGCUUGAAGUCAAACGCCCCAUCCGUCGCUUCCGGCAGCACAGACAACGAGACCCACAGCUCACGGCCGACCAUGUCAUCCACCUAUUCUGCCUCUGCAGGACUAAGUCUUGGCUCCAAUCGCUCACGCACUGGUCAAAUGCGAAAGCGCAAGAAGCGUGUCGUUGAUCUACGCAAGAAACAAGAUGACUCAGAACCUCACACCGAAACGGAGACGGAAACACCACUCGCAAGCGCAUGCGUCUCAGAAACAUCGAGCGUCAUACCCGAGGAGCGCGAACCAGAGGAUGUCAUCACCCCGCCAAGAACCCCCACAAAGCCAGGUCUCCGAUUCGAAGGCAAGCACGGCAGUCUGGAUGUUGGCGAACCAAGCAGACUACCGGAACAUGAAGCUGUACUCGCCCCAGCGAUUCAUCUCACAUCACCACCGCAAGCAAAAGCCAAACAAAAACAGAAAGCAGAAGACACGGAAGAUAAACUACGACCGCAACUAGUAUCACGACGUUCGCGCUCCUCGCCAAGACGGCCCCCACUGUCACACCACUCCCAACUUCUCAACGCGCAGCAAUCCACAUCUCCACUCCUCCGCUCACUAUCUGUGGACAGAGUUCAUAGUCUGGCUUCGCCGUAUCCCAACGCAGAAGGCUCAGGUGGUAUUCUCGAGCAGGCGUGGAUGCUCAAGAUGGCGCAGGAGAUUGCACGCAAGGUGCAAGACGAAAAGGACCGUGGAUCACCUAGGAGAAAAGAUUCAAAAGCUUCGCGUAGUAUGUGGAUGGGGAGCGAUGACGAGAUAGAGGCGCCGCCUGCAUAUGUUGCAUAA